CGAAACGCGGGGAAAACGAAACUGGACAAAAAUGCAAUGCCAGCAAAACGAAACUAGAUUCUAGCUUGAAGGCUCUGUGUUAUUCUUUCUUAGAAUUCAGAACUCGGACAUGAUGGCUACAGAUGGGGCCUCCUGCAGUUUUGACUCCUGGAGUGAUGCAGACGAAGAAGCGAUGGCAAAUCUAGUUUUUGAUGAUGAUCAGGAUUCGGACAGAGAACGCAGACAAUUCGACCUUGAAUGUGACCGUGUCCUGAAAAAUAAAGGGGGACCAUUACAACAACGCAGACAUAAAUAUUUAAUUGUCUCAGAUCUUGGAAGACAACACUGGUGUGAGCAGCAGUUGCUGUAUAGCCUUGAUCCGGAUGUCUACCUAAUGCGAGCUUUGCCUGGUGAAGUCGUCAAUAUAGAAGAAAGUAAAGAAGUCAAAGAAAUAAAAUCAAAAGGCUCUGAUAUUCAUUUAACAAGAGAGCUUGAGGUUCAUGUACCCGUGGAAGUUAAAGUGGUCACAAAGGAAGACAAAUGGGCUGUGAAGUUGCUGAAUCUCCAAGCAGCUGUGGUCACAUUUCACACAGGUGGACACAUCGCGAGAGAAGUGCCAGUGUUUGGAGCCCCAUUUGAUCUCGGCAUAUUUGUUUUUGGCAUAAUUGAUGAGCUCCGAUAUGAUCCUGAGCACCACAAAGUAGAUAUUCUAGAGUUGAAAACCAGAAACUCACAGUACCCUCCAAAGCAGAGUCAGCAACGGAAAGACCAGUACCAGGUCAGCGUGUAUGCUCAACUCUUCAAUGAGUUAGUGUUGGGCAAAGUCAGCAAAGAGAUGGUGAAAAAACAUUUGGGUCUUGACUUGAACAAACCUUUAACUGCUGAUGUGAUGGAACAUGUCCGUGCUUCAAACCUGGGAGACAAAGACAGAGAAAAUACAAACCUUUCUUCACUUUUGGAUACUGUACUGAGCCAGGUGCAGUCUUUGGCUUGUAUAUCUCAGGCCAGUUUAGAAUAUGUUCAUCAAGAAAGUAAAAAGCAAAUCUCGCUGACCGACUUUGAUCUCGAUGCUGAAUCACUGGAGAUGUCAUUCUCUCACCAUGUCAAGUGGUGGCGAGGGGAGCGUGGAACAGAGGGAGUUGACAUUGAGGACUGCUGGAAAUGUUCCUUCUGUCUGUUCUCUGAGCUGUGUGAAUGGAGGGAGUAUAUGGCCAACAAAACCUCGAAGGUUUCUCACAAUGGAUGAGAGGUGGACGCUUAUAAUGUUCUUAAUAAGUGGUAAAAAUCAGUGUGAGCCCCAUUCUUUAAAUAAGGUAAAAACGCCUAUUGUGCAUGGGGUCAUGAUUACCCGUGUUUGGCCCUACAGAGAGUGGAGAUCUUGGAUGUGUGUAGUAAGUCAAGCAAGUUCUGAGGACUAUCUCCAAUGGUCUUUUCUUAUCAGAGAAACUGGCCCGUACGUGUCAAACUCACCCUUGAAACAAAUAGUAGCGAAUGAAUUUCACGCCUAAUCAAACCCCGCCAAUGUAUGUCCAUAGCAUUUUUUUGUUUUGCUGAACAAGGCAAGAUGUGUAAACCUGCUGUUUUAUGGAACUGUGACAACAGCAAAGUCUGGAAGAUGCAAGUAGACGUGAUGUGCAAUAUAUUACAAUUAUAUGUCAUACCUGAGAUAUUUAAAAGGAACUUUUGUUUCCUAAGUUUUUCUUUCUGCAUUCCUGUACUCAAGCUCAAAUUAUUUGACCACUAUAUUUGUAUACCAGUACUGGAAACAUUGCCAUUCAAUUUAAGCUCUUUUAUUCACCAAUUCAAAUUUUUGAAACCGAACCAAGAGCUCCAUUCUAUACAUGAUGUAUGAAUAGAUUGAAACCUUUAGGUUUUGUUAGAUUUUGAUUCCUAUGAUGAGUUUAGAUCUAGAUGUUUAAUUUACUGGUAGUUUUUAAAAGAAUUUUUAUUUGUGGUAUUUUGAUGUAUGUUUGAAUAUAUUUUACUUUUCUUGGAGGGGGGGGAAUUCUUUUUCUUAGUGGUAAAUUCUGUGCUCAGAGCUCAGUAUUAUUAUGUGCAGUGCUUUUACUCAGGAAAAUAUAGACGGUUUACAGAUGAGUUGUUACAGUGGUCUCCGCCUAAACGCACGUCAUACAAAAGCACGCUCCGCUCAAGCGCACGCUUUAAUGAC